AUGACGGAUCAAACCUCGCAAAACGGCAGUUCUGAAAAGGUCGCCAAUGGUCGCCCAGCCUCGCCGAUUGAAGAGCCUGCUGCUAAAAGACAGAGGGUUGAAGAGUCGGCUGCGGCUGAAGCUUCUGCCGACCCAAUCGCCACUACUCAGACUAGCAGUAGCACACAAGAGAAUGGCUCAGCCAACAAGGUGGAUGAUAGAGAUAACAGAGAAAAGGGCUUUGCUCCCAUCAAGAAAGAGUAUCUGAUUGACGUUUCUGAACUUCGCGCUGAGGCCGGCGCGCAAGCAGAAGACGCCAAUGCUGACGAUGACGCUGCAGAGGGCCGUGUGCAAGGUGAUGACAGAGACGGCGACGGCAAGCGCGGCAAGAAGAAGAAGGCCAAGGGCCAAAACACGGAGCGCUCCUUUGGCAAGUUUGACGAUGCCCUGCCCCUCUGCAACAGCCGCGCAUUCUACCCCGAAUUCUCACCCCGCGACUGUCGCUUCGGCGAUCGCUGCCGCCUGUGUCACGAUAUACGCAAGUAUCUCGCCGAGGGCCGCCGCGCCGAUGCCAAGACCUUUGAGGGCAAGUGCCCCGUAUUUGUCAAGUACGGAUGGUGCCCUUCUGGCUGGAAGUGCCGCUUCGUGCGCAGCCACAUGAAAGAGGUCGAGCACGAGGACGGCCGUAAGGAGCUGAUUCUCGUCGACAACUCAGGUCAGGACUAUGGAAACCCGAACAAGGACACUGGUGUCGAUGCCGCCGAAGGCGCUGAGACGGAAGACUCGCGACGCGGCAUCGUCAACGUCGUGCCCAUGUCGAUCAAGAUUGACAUGAACCGCAAGCGUCUCGACUUUAGCGACGCCGACAAGUACAUUGCCUGGCUAGACAGCGUGGCCAAGACCAACAACAAAAAUCACCACCGCAAAAAGGACCAAGCAGAAGGUGACGCUGCCGCUGCCGAGACCACCACCACCACCACGCCCGCCGAGGACAACCGCGCACAGUUUGUCGACCCGCCGUUCAAGCCGGCCGAGAAGCGGCGUCUGUACUUUGGCCCCGAGACGCCGACACUCGCGCCGCUGACGACGCAGGGCAACCUACCCUUUCGCCGGCUCUGCGUCGAGAUGGGCUGCCAGCUGACGUACUCGGAGAUGGCGCUGGGCAUGCCGCUGCUGCAGGGUGUCAAGGCGGACUGGACGCUCAUGAAGGCGCACGAGUCCGAGAUUGCGCCGCCCGCCUACAGCGGCAAGGUACCGCUCUAUGACAACACGCGGGACCUGCGCUUCGGCGCGCAAAUCUCGGGCAGCGCGCACUGGGUGACCACCAAGGCUGCCAGCGCGCUCUCGCGCUUCUGCCCACACCUGCGCCUCAUCGACCUCAACUGCGGGUGCCCCAUCGACAUGGUGUACAAGUCUGGCGGCGGCUCGGCGCUGCUCGAGGCCCACGGCAAGCUCGAGCGCAUGAUUCGCGGCAUGAACGCCGUCUCGGGCGAGGUGCCCAUCACGGCCAAGAUCCGCAUGGGCGUCCGCAGCUCGCGGCCCACCGCGCCCGCCGUCAUUGAGCGCCUCGCGUUCGGCUCCAAAGAGCACCGCGAGCGUCUCGGCGCGCCUGGCUGCGCCGCCAUCACGCUCCACGGACGCAGCCGCGAGCAGCGCUACACCAAGCUCGCCGACUGGGGCUACAUUGCCGACUGCGCCGCCCUCAUCCGCGGCUACAACGAGCAGCGCGACGCGCUCGCCGACACGGCCGCCGACCCGGACCCCAGCACGCUACCCGCCGGCGGCAGGCUCUUCUUCCUCGGCAACGGCGACUGCUACUCGCACGUCGACUACCAGCGCCACAUUGAGCAGGCCCGCGUCGACACCGUCAUGAUUGGCCGCGGCGCCCUCAUCAAGCCCUGGCUCUUUGAGGAGAUUGAAAAGGGCCAGUACCUCGACAAGUCGGCCUCGGAGCGCCUCACCUACAUUGAAAAGUUUGUCCGCUACGGCCUCGAGGCCUGGGGCUCCGACGAGCUCGGCCUCGGCUUCACCCGCCGCUUCCUGCUCGAGUGGCUGAGCUUUGCGCACCGCUACGUGCCCAUCGGCCUGCUCGAGAGGCUGCCCCCGAGCAUCAACGAGCGCCCGCCCGCGUAUCGCGGCCGCAACGACCUCGAGACGCUCAUGGCGUCGCCGAAUUAUAAAGACUGGAUCAAGAUUUCGGAAAUGUUCUUGGGUCCUUGCCAUCCUGGGUUCCAGUUUAUGCCCAAGCACAAGUCCAACUCCUACGAGGCCGAAGGUUUGCAAAGGAGAAUCAUAGGAGAGCAGACUUGCAUCGAAGUGGAGUUUGGAUGUAUUGAGUAA